GCCCGGCCAUUCACUAACCAACCAGCAACAGGAGAGCUCCUCUCGAAGUACAAGAGAUCUCGUUAGCUAUCUAGCCACAGCCCACAGGAGUUAAGCGCAACUCUCCUCCACCUGACCACAGCCCACAGGAGCAGCUCGAUCACUAUCCAAAUCAUCGACGACAAUGCAGUACGCAGCUGAGCAGGCGUGGUACAUGCCGAUGGGGCCAGCGGCGGCGGCAUCGUCAAUGGAGAGCGCGGUGGCGCGGGUGGAGCGGCUGGCGUCGGAGAGCGCGGUGGUGGUGUUCAGCGUGAGCAGCUGCUGCAUGUGCCACGCCGUGAAGCGGCUCUUCUGCGGCAUGGGCGUGCACCCCACGGUCCACGAGCUGGACCUGGACCCGCGGGGCCGAGAGCUGGAGCGCGCUCUGGCCCGCCUCGUGGCCGGCUUCGGCGCCUUCGGCUCUGCCGCCCCCGUCGUCCCCGUCGUCUUCAUCGGCGGGAGGCUCGUGGGCGCCAUGGACCGCGUCAUGGCCGCGCACAUCAACGGCUCCCUCGUCCCGCUCCUCAAGGACGCCGGCGCGCUCUGGCUCUAGGCUUCGAUUCUGCGUACUGUUUCCGCAUAGGUCUUUCAUUUAUGCUGUUACCCCUCCUGCUAAUUACGAGUACUACUCCUCUAGGUGCUAAUAGAGUACUACGUACGGUGCCCUCUUGUUAUUGUGACCAGGGAGACGCAUACUAAGGUGAUACGGCUAGCUAGCUAGGCGAAGGAUACAACCACACGGUUUCAAGUGUGUUUGUGUUGUGUGUGUAAGAAGUUGGUGUGUGCCUUGUUGUUUCAACUACUAGGAAUGCCUCUCCGUCCGUGUACGUUGGAUGCAGCGCAUGCAUGUGGUGUUUGGCCUUCUCGAAAAAAAAAAUGUGGUGUUUGGCCGGCGUGCUGGAUCGAUGUGUGUGUGCUUGCUUGGAGUUAAUGUAUACUACCGGUAGGUAGUGUUUUAUCGCCUCCUAAAUUCAUACAGCUUCCAGAUUCCUUU